GUAUGUGUGUGUGUGAGACAGAGAGGGAGAGGGAGAGUGCUUUUUUUUUUUGCUCUUUCCUUACUCUACAGACAAGCAUAUGAUUGCAGGAGUGAAAAGGAGUAAGACAUACCCAAAGAACAGCAAGAGGGAAACAUCUCCACACCGAGGGGGAGAAAGAGAGAGAGAAAGCUUGCUUAGGAAGGAGAUUUGAAACAAGGAAAGAUUUAAAACAACCAAUUAUCUGUAUUAAAUAAUUUAAUUUACUUCCUCCUCAGGAAAUUCCAUUUUAUGUUUUUUUUUUCUUUUUUUACCUAUUUGAUUUUAUUUCCUGAGUUGGAUGAUUUUGGAUUUUCUUUUGUUUAAUUGUUUUGGAGUAAACUGGUGCAGAGUAGCAUGAGAAUGGGUACAUGGAGCUGGUUCCAGGGGGCUGGGAGAAGUGUUGCGACCAUGCCUGGGAGGAGAUGCCGUGGUGGGGCCGCCACCGGGCUGGCUGUAGCCGGGCUGUGGGUGAUCUUGUGGGGUGCCCUAGCAGGGAGCGGUGCCAACGCGUGCCCCACUCUGUGCACCUGCAGUGGCACCACCGUGGACUGCCACGGGCUGGGGAUCAAGACCGUGCCCAGGAAUAUACCCAGGAACACAGAGAGACUGGAGCUGAAUGGAAACAACCUCACCCGCAUCACCAAGAAUGACUUUGCUGGCCUCAAGUACCUCAGAGUCCUGCAGCUGAUGGAAAACCAAAUUGGCACCAUCGAGAGAGGAGCGUUUGAUGACAUGAAGGAGCUGGAGAGGCUGCGCCUGAACAAGAACCAGCUUCAGCAGCUCCCUGAGAUGCUGUUCCAGAAGAAUGCCGCAUUGUCCAGACUGGACCUGAGUGAGAACGGGAUCCAGGCAAUCCCCAGAAAGGCCUUCCGUGGAGCAACGGACAUCAAGAACCUACAGCUAGACAAGAACCACAUCGGCUGCAUCGAGGAGGGGGCGUUCCGUGCGAUGAGGGGCCUGGAGGUUCUGACCCUGAACAACAACAACAUCAGCAGCAUCCCCGUCUCCAGCUUCAACCACAUGCCCAAGCUGCGCACCUUUCGGCUUCACUCCAACACGCUGCACUGUGACUGCCACCUGGCCUGGCUGUCCCAGUGGCUGCGCCAGAGGCCCACCGUCGGCCUGUUCACCCAGUGCACCUCCCCCCCGCAGCUCCGGGGGCUCAACGUGGCCGAGAUCCAGAAACAUGAGUUUUCCUGCUCAGGUCAGUCUGAGUCAAGCCUGCAGACCUGCAGCCUGGCGGCUGGCUCCUGCCCGGCCAUGUGCACCUGCUCCAGCAACAUCGUGGACUGCAGGGGAAAAGGCCUGACCGCCAUUCCCGCCAACCUUCCCGACAGCAUGGCCGAGAUACGUCUGGAACAGAACGGUAUAAAGUCUGUGCCCCCAGGAGCUUUCUCCCCCUACAAGAAGCUGCGCAGAAUAGACCUGAGCAACAACCAGAUCUCAGAGAUCGCCCCCGACGCCUUCCACGGCCUGCGGUCCCUCAAUUCGCUGGUCCUGUACGGGAAUAAGAUCACAGAGCUGCCCAAAGGAGUUUUCGAUGGCCUGAGCUCCCUGCAGCUGCUCUUGCUGAAUGCCAAUAAGAUCCACUGUGUCCGUGGCAACGCUUUCCAGGACCUGCAGAACCUGUCCCUGCUCUCUCUGUAUGACAACAAGAUCCAGACCCUCUCCAAGGGCACCUUCACUGCCCUGAGAGCCAUACAGACACUGCACCUGGCCCAGAACCCCUUCAUCUGCGACUGCAACCUAAAAUGGCUGGCGGACUACCUGCGCGCCAACCCCAUCGAGACCAGCGGGGCGCGCUGCGCCAGCCCCCGCCGCCUCGCCAACAAGCGCAUCGGCCAGAUCAAGAGCAAGAAGUUCCGCUGCUCCGCCAAAGAGCAGUACUACAUCCCAGGCACCGAGGACACCCGUCUGAACACCGAGUGCAGCAGUGACCCCGUGUGCCCCCCCAAGUGCCGCUGCGAAGCCAACGUGGUGGACUGCUCCAACCUGCGCCUCACCAAGAUCCCCGAGCACAUCCCGUCCUCCACCGCCGAACUACGCCUCAACAACAAUGAGAUCUCGGUCCUGGAGUCUACUGGCAUCUUCAAGAAUCUCUCCCAGCUCAAGAAGAUAAACCUCAGCAACAACAAGAUCACAGAGAUCGAGGACGGUGCUUUUGAGGGGUCCGCGUCUGUCGUUGAGCUGCACCUGACGGCCAAUCAGCUGGAUUCAGUGCGGAGCAGCAUGUUCCGGGGGCUGGAGGGCCUGCGUAUGCUAAUGCUCCGGAACAACCGCAUCAGCUGCAUUCACAACAACAGCUUCACGGGCCUGCACAACGUCCGCCUCCUGUCUCUCUAUGACAACCAGCUGACCACCAUCACGCCCGGGGCCUUCGACACGCUCCAAACCCUCUCCACACUGAAUCUGCUGGCCAACUCCUUCAACUGCGACUGCCGCCUGGCCUGGCUGGGGGACUGGCUCCGGAGCCGAAAGAUCGUGACGGGGAACCCCCGCUGCCUGCGCCCCGCCUUCCUCAAGGAGAUCCCCCUGCAGGACGUGGCCCAGCUGGACUUCCGCUGUGAGGAAGGCCAGGAGGGUGCCAGCUGCGUGCCGCGUCCACAGUGCCCAGACGAGUGCACUUGCCUGGAGACGGUGGUGCGCUGCAGCAACAAACACCUGCGAGCCCUGCCCAGGGGCAUCCCCCGCAACGUCACCGAGCUGUACCUGGAUGGAAACCAGUUCAGCAUGGUUCCCAAGGAGCUGUCCACCUUCAAAUACCUCCAGCUCGUGGACCUGAGCAACAACAAGAUCAGCUCCCUUUCCAACUCCUCCUUUGCCAACAUGAGCCAGCUCACCACCCUGAUCCUGAGUUACAAUGCUCUGCGCUGCAUCCCAGGCCUGGCCUUCGCAGGACUACGCUCCCUGAGGCUGCUGUCUCUGCAUGGCAACGACAUCUCGGAGCUGCCGGAGGGAAUCUUCCGGGACGUGGCCUCGCUGUCGCACUUGGCCAUCGGUGCGAACCCGCUGUACUGCGACUGCCGCCUGCGGUGGCUCUCCGAUUGGGUGAAGACUGGCUACAAAGAACCCGGCAUCGCCCGCUGCACCGGCCCUCAGGGCAUGGAGGGCAAGCUGCUGCUCACCACACCCGCCAAGAAGUUUGAGUGUCAAUAUCCUGUGGACCCCGUCGUGCUGGCCAAGUGUGACCCCUGCCUGUCCGCGCCCUGCCAGAACCAGGCCACCUGUCAGAGUGACCCUGUGGAUGCUUAUAAGUGCACCUGUGCUGAAGGAUUCAAGGGCCAGAACUGCGAGACAGCCCUCAAUGUCUGCGCCAGUAAUCCCUGCUCCAAUGGCGGCAUCUGUAGUUCCGGUGAGGAGGACAGUGAGGUAUUCAGCUGCACCUGCCCCCUAGGGUUUGAGGGCCCGACCUGCGAGAUCAACGUGGACGACUGCGAAGACAACGACUGCGAGAACGGAGCCUCCUGCAAGGACGGAGUCAACAAUUACACCUGCCUGUGCGCCCCCUUCUACACAGGAGACAUGUGUGAGGAGAUGGAGGAUGUCUGUGCUCCAGGACGGAACCCCUGCCACCACCUCUCCACCUGCAUCAUCACAGCCACCGGUCCCAAGUGUGUUUGUGCUCCCGGCUAUGUGGGCGAUGACUGCAGCGUGGACUACGAUGACUGUGAGGAGCACCACUGCCAGAACAGAGCGCGAUGCGUGGACGAGGUCAACGGCUACUCCUGCCUGUGCUCAGAGGGUUACAGUGGGCAGCUGUGCGAGGUACCCCCCGCGCCCCACUCCCUCUGCGAUCUGGCCGAGUGUCAGAACGGCGCCCCCUGCGUGGAGAGGGCAGGCAGGGCGCUGUGCCAGUGCCUCCCUGGGUUCGGGGGCCCUCACUGUGAGAAGCUCGUCAGCGUCAACUUCGUGGACCGAGACUCCUACCUGCUACUCAGUGACCUGAAGAACUGGCCUCAGGCUAACAUCACGCUGCAGGUGUCCACUGCAGAGGACAAUGGUAUCCUCCUGUACAAUGGAGACAAUGACCACAUCGCAGUGGAGCUGUAUGAAGGUCACGUCAAGGUCAGCUAUGACCCGGGCAGCCAGCCUGGUCAUGCCAUCUACAGCACGGAGACCAUCAACGACGGGCAGUUCCACACAGUGGAGCUUGUGACCUUCGACCAGAUGGUGAACCUGUCCAUCGAUGGUGGACUCCCCACAACCAUGGACAGUUUGGGGAACGUGCAGCCCCUGAAUGGAGAAGCUCCGCUCUACGUGGGGGGUAUGCCUGAAGACAUCCACUCGGCUGCCUUCCGCCUGUGGCAGAUCCAAAAUGGCUCCAGUUUCCACGGUUGCAUCCAGAACCUCUACAUCAACAACGAGCUCCAGGACUUCACCCAGACGCAGAUGAAGCCGGGCGUGGUGCCAGGCUGCGAGCCCUGCCGAAAGAUCUACUGCCUGCAUGGCAUCUGCCAGCCAGAUGGUGCUGAGGGGCCCGUGUGCCACUGCCAGCCCGGCUGGAGCGGCCCGCACUGCGAUCGGCCUGCCAGUGACCCCUGCCAGAGCAGCAAGUGCGUCCACGGGAAGUGCGUCCCCUUGGACAUGCAGUCCUACCGCUGCGAGUGCGAGCAGGGCUACCGCGGCGCCCUGUGCAACCAGCAGGGGGAGCUCCACAACCCGUGCCAGGGCCAGCAGUGCGUCCACGGCCGCUGCCAAGUGUCGGACACGGGCGAGGCCUACUGCCACUGCGACAGCGGGUACAGCGGGAAGCUGUGCGACACAGAGUCGGAGUGCCGGGGCGUGCCCGUGCGGGACUUCCACCAGGUGCAGCGCGGCUACACCAUCUGCCAGACGACGCGCAUGAUGUCGUGGGUGGAGUGCAGCGGCCGCUGCUCGGCGGGGGCCUGCUGCGGCAGCCAGCGGAUGAAGAGGCGAAAGUACACCUUCGAGUGCGGCGACGGCAGCUCCUUCAGCCAGGACGUGGAGAAGAGCAUCAAGUGCGGCUGCGUGGGGUGCGUGUAGCGCCACCCCCACACCGGUCCCCAGGGGGAGGGAGUCAGAGAGAGAGAGAGAGCGAGAGAGAGAGAGAGAAAGAAUAACAAAGUAUAUAUGGAAGAAAUAUAUAUAUAUAUUAUGAACAUCAAUGUUUGUAAAAUAGAACUUUUUUUCCCCCCUUCCAAGGGUGUACGACAUAAAACAAAUACAAAACUACCAACCGACAAGAGAAAGAAAAAAAAAUACAUGCGUCUGCAACAUUGCUCUAAAGGGUCGAAGAUGUUAGCGGGAGUGUUUUAAGUAAUCCCACCCAGUUUGACCUUUGACCUUCCAAACAGCCAAUGCAGGCUCUUCCUCAGCUGUCAUCCCAUUGCUGCCAUCAGAGAGCGGGUCGUAAAGAUGGGGGCGGGCGGGGCGGGGCAGAAGAGAGUUAGAGGAGGGGUCAGGCACUGGUGGCCAGGUGGUGUUGGAAUCGUGCAUGUGCUUGGGAACCACCAAGUUGUUCAUUCUCCCCCUAAACCAAGUGCAAGCUCUCUGAUUGUACAUUAAUGAGUGGGACUUUUCAGGGAGUUUUGGUCUGGAUGACAGAUAUGGCAGCCCUUCACGUCUCAACUUCUGCAUGGAAUGCACGCACACACACACACACGCACACACACAAACUCACUCUUACAUACAAGCAAACUCACGCACGUACACGCAAACUCACACACACAUACACAUCCACAUGCGAAAAACACAUACGCUUGUGUGCACACAUGCGUACAAAAACAACACACACACUGACAUGUACAAUAAUGUCAAUAAUGCAAAGGCAUGUGCAGAUAAAGUUGUAUAGUCGCUUUCCAGGUGGUUUGGUGGCGCUUUACAUUUGGAACACAUUUGAGACUGCUUAAUAAUGAAUGAUGAUUACAUGUACGCUAUCCUAGCUUAGGUCAUGAAGUGGGAUGGCUUGCAUGUGACUACACAUCCCAUACCUCAGCACGGAAAGCCGCAGCUCCGGUUCGCAGCUGCUCACAGAGAGUGCGGAAGGCCGCAGAGUAGAUCACAGACCGCAAUCGGCAGACCGUGCCGAUGAAGGAAGAGCUGGCCACCCAGUCCUGCAGCAUUUGUGGACCAUUCAUCUUAAACCAGUUUACUGUGAUCGCACGACGGUGUCCGUUUCAGAAAGUACAGAGGCAGCAGCCGGGGAAGGUUUGCGUAAUUUAAAAAAAAUCGUUUUAAUUGUCAGAACUCAAAUGGCAUAGCAACGAAGCCACAGCCUCGUUGUCCCUUGAUGGAUAUGCGUGCCUGGCGCGUUAGACGGCUUUGCUCAUAUUUUUGCGGUAAUGUAAAUUCUUUGUUUUUUCUCCUUUCUCUCCCAUUGUGCAAAUACAAAAUUCCCCGUGAGCUUCCGAAUAUGCAGACGUGGCCUGGAGUAUGCAUGCACGCACACACAUACAUACAUAUACACAUGUACGCACGCACACACACAAACAUACACACACACACACACACGCAUUCAUGCACGCAGUCUCAGAGGGCAUGGUCUGGUCUGAACAGAGGGUCACUCAGUUUGAUGUAAUUCGAAGGGCUCAGCAGGGAGGCCUUGUGGAUCCCCCAGGCGUCCCAGUGCCCUUCACAUUGGACUCCCUGCCAUCUGGCAGAAGCUGGCAUUCCCCAGCGACAACAGCUUUCCCCGGCUAGAAGCACUCCCUAGCAGUGCUAUGAAUUGAGUAAAGCCACACCCCCUGUUCUCUCAGUGCAAGUGAGGAGUGGGGCUGUGAGCCCUAGCCCCGCCCCCCCUUUUACUGCAGUAUUACUUGUGCGAGCAGUGUGAGUGGAAGAUUUUUAAAAUGGAAAUAUGGAAAUGUAGUGUUUUAAUUACUGUUAUAAGCUGCAGAAUGUUUUUUUUUUUUUGUACUUUAUUCUGUUAUUUUUGGCAUUGGUUUUAUGUUUCAUUUUCAUCUGAUUUUAUUUUAAUUUUUCCUUAUGUAACCCAGCUCCUCUAGCCCUCUUUUUACAGAGAUGCCUAACAGAUUCUAAUAUAUAUACAUAUAUAUUUGUAUUUCAUUUUUUGGUAUAGUAUUUUUAUAUGUUAUAGAUUAGAGAUUGGUCUUUUUCUGAAAGCCUCUACUGGAAAUGACAGUCUGGCUGUUAACUGGUUGCCCUGUUGUUAGUCCAUUGGCUUGUUUCUUAUCCACUCAGUCAAGCAAAGCCAGUUUGUAUAUCACUAAAAUAAGGUAGUGAAUGGUUGGCCUUGUGCUGCAGGGGGCAGUGUAUUAGAAAAAAUGUAAUAUUGUAUGUUGUCUUCCUGGUGAAUAUUAUAUCUAAUUAUUUUAGAAGUCUGUGUGCCAUUACGUUAUUUAUUUUAUCCAAUGUACAAAAAUAAAUGUGUGGCGUUAUAGUUUUUGCUCAUUUAAAAAAGAAAGAUGGAGGAAAAAAACCACAGAAAUAAGCUUCAAUAAAUAUUUUUUUAAGAAAUGGCAACAAAAAUAGCUCUGAGGCAUCCGUAACAUUCAAAAGAAAGACGGUAGUGACCCAGUUCAAACCACAUGCUGAAGGUGUCAUUUAUUAUUUGGCUCACACACACAUUCCCUGUAAACUCUCUGCUGGGUUUGGUCCAGUACAUGGCUCCAGAGUAAAACAAAAUGUUCAGAAUUCAAUAUUACAAAGACUGACAUAUUUUACCGGGCAAUGUGGGAGAUGUAGAACAGAUUAUUGUUUUCUGGUGGUGUCCGGCUCUCUUUUUUUGCCUGUUUUAUUAUUAGUUUCGUCAAGGAUUUACAUCGCAACAGGGGAAUAAACAGAAGGAUGCACGGUGAUGCUUAAACAACACUCCCCAGAAUUCCCCGUUGAGUGUCCUGUUGCGAAACAGGAGUGAGAAUGAUAAUAUUUGUGCUUCGCUAAUUAGAUCUGGUUGCUUGCCAAAGUGAACGCUUAGUCAAUUAUCAUUGGUGGAGAAGAGAAUUGGCGGAGGAAACGCCACUGUUACGGCUCUGCCCACCCGCCCGUUCGCCCGCCCGCCCGCCUGCUUGCCCGCUAAAAUCAACAUUCAGUUAAUGCAUAUCUUCUCCACAGCAAAUGGCCGGUCACUGCAUUGCAGAGGCACUGCAUGCGAAGUGUUCAGGGGGUGCUCUGUGGACCCACACUGGCAUGUGAAUGCACCGGUUUGUACAGGACUAGACUAAAUAAAAGUCCCGAGGGGGGGGGUGGGGAGGGGGGGGGGGGGGUCACACCAUGCUGACUUCUUUUUUAAAACUGUAAGUACUUUCCUCUUGGGGUGACGAGUUUAUCUUGUAGAAUAUGCAGAGCAGAUAGUAAUUAAGUGCAUUACUUCCCCCCUAUUGAAUGUACUUCUUUUGUGAGCUAUACAUAUUGAAGCCAUUGCAGCUGUGUCCUGGCGCAAGACAGCAGGUCAGUGUUUGUUAAUAGCAAUGCAGUUAACAGAGGCGAUGUAUUCAGCUUGCUGGAACCACGUCACAUCUCCAACAUUUAGUUUUAGUAGCAUUCAUCCAGUGCUAUCCGAAACUUCACAAUAAUAGUGUUGCUGUUUAACAAUUUAUUUUUUAUUACUAUUAUUAUUAUUAUUGUGGUCAUUGUUUUUCACUUUUAACAGAAUGCAUCUCAGUUGAAAAAAACAGCAAAAUUUUAAAAAGAAAAAUUAAAAAAAAAAAACACAAAAAACAAAACUAAAAAAAAAAAAAAAAACCACCUUCAACCAUCUCUUCCAUGAAUUAGUUGUGCAUAGUCCUGGUUUGUCCUGAUGCGGCUAUAGCGUUCUUCUGUCGCUUCCUGUGAGUCUGAGUUGUUGGCCAUGAUUAAAAACUGCUGUUGUGCUGAAUGUAUGUAGUGCCACCUGCAAAUGUUUACUGGAACUCCACCCUUUUCUCCCAUUAAAAUGUGUGUGAUUUUAUUAAA